AUGGCUGCCAGUCCUGCGAAAUCGCGACUUCGUAACGAUUGGGAAGUCCAUACAUUUCAGAUCGGCGUCCCUCUCGGAGACUGCGCUAUCCAUCUGCUUGUCAAGCAUGCUGUGAGGUAUACGGAAGGGCAGGAGUUUAAAGUUCCAGACCCAGCCAAGAGGAAAAGAAAGAACAGAGAUGUGCCUGUAUUCAGGAGACCCAUGUUCCGUCGGAUCGUUGAGCUCACCGGGAACGAUUUGCCGACGAAUAGGUCCGCUACGAAAGGUAAAGGCCAAGGGGAAGUCCACGCAGCCCUCAUCUUCGACGGAGGCCACGACGACGAUGGACCAGGCUACCAUGGGAAAAAGUCUCGUGAGGCUAUCGAAAGAGCGAUUAGUAAAAUUGAGUCGGAGUACACUUUCAAGUAUGUCCCCGAUGACAUCGAAGAAACCCCCGUACGUGACGGAAAGACGAGCAAAAACUCUCAGCUCAUCUUCGAUGCCUGGAUUGUCACACAUUGGGACCGAGAUCACUACUGUGGUACUCUAACAAUGUUCCGGGAUGACGUAUUCCAACGAUGGAAUGACGAGAAAACCAUGCCAGCCGCAGAACGGAUCUGCUCAUACUUCAAAUAUGGCAAAGACUAUGCAUGCAAUAGUAUCCUCUACUGCCCCGUCUGGCUGCGACCAACAAAGGCUGGCAUGGCACGAGGGGCUCCAAAUCUCUUUAUCGACGACGGCAAGCCCUGUAUUUGGCUGACGGACAGUAGUAUCUGGCCCUUGGACCUCAAGGUGAAAACCGACCAAAAGAAUUGGUCCAAGUCGGCGCCUCUUCUCAAGGUGGUCCAUGGUGAACAGUCCCUGAUUGGAGUCGACCUGUUUACUGGGAAUCAAGUCAGUCCUAAGAAGUCAGUUGGCCGUUGGUGGACUGAUGGGAAACACAACGCCCAGAGCGUAUUGGAAGGUUAUAUGCAAAGGCGUCAAGAUGACGACCCACCGUUCGACAACAAGAGACCUGUAUUUAUUUGCAUUGGGUCAAACGGCUUUGCAUUUGGUUCCAAAACUGCAGCCGACCCACCGAAAGCACAUUGCACGCCUGACAAUUACGUCUCUAUAAUGGCCAUGAUCAUAUGGAAGACGGCUGAUGGGAUACGUAUCUCCCACUUGUGUGGAGGAGACGCUCAUGCUGUCACUGAGAAGUUGAUCGUGAACUUCAUCCGCAAGGACAAGGGCGGAAACAAUCAAGGCCCUCCUGAAUACUGGCCAAUUGAGGUGAUGAAGGCCUCUCACCAUGGGGCCCGUAGUUCAACGCCUGUGGAACUCGUCAAAGCUGCCCGACCAUCCAAGUUCAUUAUCUCCGCGGGCCAGUCCCAUGGACAUCCCAGUUGGCAAACCGUGGCACUACUUGCAACGUAUUAUAGAAGUUACACGAGUGUUCGGAAAGACUGGAUAGAAGCAUUCAAAGAAAUUUAUGGGGGAACCGAGGAGCAGGCGAUCUACGGCGAGAAGAAGGAGUUUGAAGAGGGCCUCGAGCAGGCAAAGGUUCAAUUGCCCAAGGACCUUGCUCUGCAUCUGUGGACUCGGGCCUCGGUCGUGAACGGAAUUGAUUGCAUGUUCAGCAAAUUUGUCACGAAAUCCCUUAAGGACAACCAAAAGGAUCUUGAGGAGGCCAAGAAAAGGCUUAAGGGUUUCCCACGAGCACCCAGGUCGAAGAAGGACAAAGAACUGAAGGAGAAAGCUGAGGCUGAAGUGAAAACUUGCUUCUGGAGAGUCGAGAAGGAACUCGGCCUGCAGCGAACUGCACUGGCUCACUACAUGCGGCAAAUCUGGAUCGAGGUUUCCCAGGUCAUGGACUACCAGAAGAACUCCAAAGAGACCGAUAGAGGUCUUUUAUAUAUACGUCUUCACGCUUCGUCAGAGGAAAGAUUCGACGGCAGGGCAUUACCGGUGAGCAAAUCGUCCGGCUGGACGGUCUUGCGCCGAACGGUGAGAAAAUACAGUAAGGCAGAGCUGGAGCUCCUAAAGGCCAAGACGCGCCUACCUCCCAGCACGAAGAAAAAGGUCGUUAAAGUUCGGCUCCUAGGUGGCAAUGGUGAAGAUAUGGAAGGAGAAGGACAACAAGAAGAAGAAGAAGAGCCGCCUCAGAACUCCAAUACCAAGAAGAGGAAGGCUAGGCUUUUGACAGACUCAGGGGAGCCUGAAACAGACUGGAAGGAUAAGCCCGUACAAAGGCUGGUAAAGCUGGUAAAGCUAUCAGGUACAGGAGCGAGCGGGGACGAACGUGUCGUGGUCGACUUAUCCGAAGAAUCAGUUUCUCUCCUAGAGAACCAGCCAAGUGAUAUAGUGAGGGUGGCCUCUAAAGUCCUGGGAGACCGGUAUACUUGGGAGUCAGACACACCUGACCUUGAUAGCCUGGCCCUGGAAAUGAACUUCGAUGACCUGGGGGAGGUUGAGUUCAGCGAGAGCAAAACCAACCUGACCGCUGUUUCUUCCUCGCUGACUGCUUCUGAGUCUGUCUUGAAAGAGAGAAAAACGCAGCGGUUAGCACAGAAGCAACCACAAGUUGCAGCUGGCAAAGAUGGGACAGUGCCUGUAUCUAUCGACGGUCUUGUAGCAAGUAAAGAACUUCUUAAACCCUUGAAUAGGGACAUGCCGGGUAAGAUCUUUGCCGUCCUCGACGAAACGACCGCAGCAUGGGACUUCUUGGCCUGGGCAGGUCCCAUUUGCUUCGGGCAACGCGCUCAGAUUGGUUCUGACUUGAUUUCUCUCGGCGAGAACGACAUCACGCUCGAAGUUCUACAGGCUUGCUGGAAUAAGUCUGAUGUUGAGGGCUCUUAUGUUUCUGGGAUUGAGAUACGCUGCCAGCGCACAGCUAGAGAUGGUCUGCUCGCUGUGAGUCUUGAUAACGUGCGCUUGUACAUAAAGCGGAGUGAGGACCAGCAGCCCCUUACCUUUUCUGCCCAGAAAGAAUUCCUCAACCAGCAGUUCGAGCGAGAAAUGAAUCCAUCUGCUCGCGCCAAGAUGACGGGAUUCGAGCGCCUACCGGGACACCUACUUCUCGGACUGGAAACAGGCUCCCGUAUGGGAGGGUUUGACAACCUUAGCGACUUCUUAGAUCUCUUCGACAUGGAUCUUGGUAUAUGGUUGACUGCGCUAGGUUCUGGGGUUAAGGUUCAACUGACCCAGAGUUCUGGCGAGUUUCCCCCCAGGAACGGAUUUUGGUACUUGCCAGCUCAGGAUUACACCAGCGUACUGAGGCUUGGUGGGUCGCUUCACCUGGAACCCAAGGCGUCACUAGGCAAACUUGGAGAAAUGAUUGUUCAGUGUUUACCUGGACUCAGCUCUCAAUUGGACCUUCCAGAUCUCAAUAUUGUCUUCAAACGGACAGCGGCCCCAGUUAUCGAACACGGCAACACCUACAUUGAUGGUACCAGUGAGGUGACAUUGUGGACGGAGUUCGAUGUCGGAAGUCCAAAGAGCUUGGGCCUGUACUUCUCGCUAUUGUCAGACAGGAUGGUCAUCACAGUUCUUUCUAAAGGUGUGACCUGGUCCUCAGUGAGGAAGUGGCUGGAAAAACAGUUUGACGAUCUUGUCGAUGCACUUCUCUCUCUUGAAGAAGAUCUAGCGGUGCUUGUUAGCAACCGUGGGUCGAAGAAUGACGAAAGCAGUUCCGCCAUGGCAAGCAAGACCGAAGCAGCGGAGGAUCUAGAUGGCAUCUCAUUCCAUAGACUUGCACUCACAGUCAGCAAGGACAGGGAUCUCCUCGGGGCAUCUGUCAGUUUCAAGGCCAGCAUGCCCUAUCUUGUUCAGAAAGGGCAGCACGCCAUGUUUGAAUUGAGCCUGUCUUGGAAUCCUGGCUUAUAUGAGUUUCAGGGUACAUUCAUACCGGCGGCAAUAGGCCCAGACGAUCCGGCUCUCGACGGUUACAUGAUUGAUCACGAGGUUUGGGACUCUACGAUACCCUUGAGUCCAAACGCAGCUCCUUUCAUGUCGUUGAGAUUCAUCGAUCCGUCUACGGAGAUCAAUAUUCCAUAUGGUAUUCCGAGCGAGAUCACACAGUGUGAGCUCUAUGUGUCAAACAAAGCGACCCGAAUAUCAGGCCACCUGGCUUCUGCGAUCAAGCCUCCUAGUCCCACUGAAGCUUCAAAGGUGCCCAUUCUACUGGUUGACCGAACCGAGCUUCAGAUAGAGGCAAAUCUGGAUUAUUCAAGUGGAGCCACCCAGGCUUCGUUCGAUCUCUGGGGAAUGAUCACAUUAAAACGCUCAGAGUAUGCUACAGAUGACCCUCCCUGUGUUAUUCAGGCAGCCAUUGGGUAUAGGAGUGGCGCCUGGUCUUUUAGUGCCAAGGCUACAGAUGUUCCGAUGAUAAGUCUCUCAUCAAUAUUUGCCGAAGGCCCAGAGAGGGACGCAGCCAUGCAAAUGCUCAGCCAGAUACACCUUGACGAGAUAUUUAUUGACUAUACAUACGCUGGAGCCUCUGUCUCUAAACUCAGACUUGGCGGAUCCAUGACAAUUGCGGGUGUGACUACAUCCAUUGAGUAUAACCGCUCAGAAAAGCCAGACUGGAUGCUUCAAGCCACUGUGGAGAAAAGCAUUGUCGCCGAUGUGCUGGAUAAAAAACCCGAAACUCUUGGAGAUACGCUAGGAAGACUUCUUGGGGGUGACGUCGCCGCUAUACUGCCCGACUUUGUCCGAGAUAUUACUCUCCCGGAUUUUGAACCCGAUCACGACCAUGUUCAGUUGAACUGCUCAUCGAGUGCAUUUGGAGUGGUUCUCAGCAUUGGAAAGCUGCAUGUCCAAAUGGGACAGCUCAGGCAGGAAAAGAAAGACAAGGAUCAGGAGAUCUUACCUGCAAAGAGGCUAGUCAUUGUGUCGCUGGGUCCUCUACCAUCCACCGCCGACGUACCUCUCGUUGGCUCUGUCUCACUCCCUUUUGACCAGCUAGAGUUUGUCUGGGCCAGUGAGAACUUUUCCAAUACGGAACUUACCGCAUUAGAGGCGGGCGCAGGUUUCUCUACAGACACCACGACAAAGAUUCGUCGUUCUCCUGAUGAAGCCCCUCUCUCCAAGGGCUUUCACUUCCGUUUGGUAGGGGACAAAGAGGUUUGGGUCGAUCAUCCAUUCACACGAGAGAAGAAGCCAGCGCCAGGGCCUGGGGUUGUUGGACAAGACCAGAUCGUUGCUGCAGACCAAAAGGCUCCACCAGCCGAUGCUGGUCCUAUGAAACCGAUCAAGAAGAAGCGAGGGGGACUUAAUAUGUCUGGGGUCGGUGUCUCUUUCGAUAGUGACAAUGAUGUGCUCAGUGUCCAUCUCGACGCUGAUGUUGCCAUUGGUCCCAUAUCUGCUGGAGUUCAGGGUCUUACCGUUAAGCUCGAUCUUAAGCAGCUUGGGAGCUUGGACAAGCUUAUCUCGGACGCGAGUGCGUCCAUCUCUAAGGUAGAAAAGGCUCUGACGGUUUCCAUAUCUGGAAUCAACGUUGCCUUUGACCGGGCUCCGAUUCUCAUCGCUGGAGGGCUGGAACACAGUAAGGACGAAGAAGGAGAGAUGUUUGCAGGCGAUAUUGCCAUUUCCCUCACCCAGUUCUCGAUCGGGGCGUAUGGUAUGUACCAGAAACUGAAUGCUAAGCCCCCUUUCCCAGCCUACAACAGCGUCUUCGUCUAUGCUAUGGUGGAGGGGACUCUCUUCACUGUGGGCUGGGCGGAAAUUCGUGGCCUCGUCGCCGGGUUCGGAUACAACUCGAUGUUACGACUGCCUCUAGGAGGAGGAGAUGAGCUGAUCAAUUAUCCCCUGCUGAAAGACCUCGGGCCGGACUUCCACUCGAACAUGGUGGCACUGCGUAAAGAAGGCUGGGUCACCCCCAGUAUCGGGUCGCUCUGGAUGGCUGCUGGCUUGAAGAUCCGAGCGUGCCAAACGAUGGACAUUCGUGCCGUUGCAACUCUAAGUAUCGGCCCAGAUAAGAAGGACCUGGGACUCCUCGCGCGUGCCUCAGUCGGUCUUCCUCGAGGUGCCUCUCGUGAUAAGGCACUCAUGGCCAUCGACCUGUCGAUAGCCGGCAACCUGGACUUGGUGCAUGGCGAGCUGGUUGUUAAUGGCGCAAUCGAACCGACCUCAUUCAUUCUGCACCAUAGCUGCAUCCCUUCUGGCGAGUUCGCGAUCCGUAGUUGGUUUGGGAGUGAUAAUCCUCAUCGAGGUGACUGGGUCGUGUCAUUUGGCGGGUUCCACCCCGCCUUUUUGCGACCCGACCACUAUCCGAACCCCGCUAGGAUGCAAAUCAACUGGUCAGUCUCAGACAAGAUCAGCGUGACAGGUCAGGGUUACGUUGCGGUGACACCUAAUGCCAUCAUGGCUGGUGGUCUGUUGCACGCGGCGUACAAGUCGGGAGGUGUAGAGGCAACCUUUGAUGCACAUGCCGACUUCCUCGUCACCUUGGCUCCCCUGCACUACAUGGCAGAAAUGGAAGUUUUCGCCGGGGUCUCGUAUGAGCUCCGCAAGUGGUGUUUUACUUUCAAGAAGAGCGCUGAGCUGACUGCUAAGCUUCGGCUCCACGGCCCGCCGCUUGGUGGGACAGUCACCCUCCACGUUGCAUUCUUCAGCUUCGACGUCGACUUCGGUGCUGGUGACGGUAGUGGGCCACCUCCGAAGCUCACCCUAAACCAGUUUGAGGACCUAGUUCGGGAGAGAUCCGCCGACAGAACCCAGCAGAAUAAGGCGCAUGUGAUGGCUUCGGUCAGUGGCUUGCUCUCCGUCAAGGACAACAAAGAAGAUACCAGUAAUGACGGAGAGUCACAGCACUGGAUAGUCCGAGGCUACGACUUCAUGUUCACGGUUCGCAGUUGUGCGCCCAUCUCGUCCGCCAUACUCGGCAACGACGACACGGACCAGGCAAAAGACCAUGCCUCGAAGAUUCUAAGCCGUCCUAUGCAGAUGAACGAGAACGAGACAAGUCCAAUCUUCUCUAGUCUCGAGGUCCGCGUCUAUCGUGGUGACAAGGCCGGAGACAGUAGCCAGCGAGUCAAUUUCCAGAUGAAAGAAGCCAUCAGGGAUAGGGUUCCCAGCAACCUCUGGGGGCCAAUGCCUAACGACUCGCGCGAUCUUCUCAGCCAGAGCAGCUCGCAAACAACUGUAGAGCAUCUGGUCGGCUUCAAGAUGGGAAUGCCUUCGCCUGAGACGUCGGCUAGUAAGCUUACUGUGGUGCUCUCAAAAGCCCAGCCGACUAUAGUGCAGUUUCCAGUACAAGGAAAGAGUGCAGAGCCAGCAGCCGUAUAUCUAGAAGAAGAGGAAAUACUCGAGCAAAGAAAGUGGAAGCGGGUAAAGGCUGUGAUGGGUAGAGAGGGUGGCCUAAAGCAGCGAGAGACUGUAAUGGAUGCUUUCUUACGCUUCUUUCCACGCGAGAAGGAGACAGCCAAGGCAUUUCGGAACAUUGGUACUGCCGCCUUGAUAGAUGCUUCAGACGAGAUGGAGAGGUUUUAUCGCAAUGCGCCGAGGGUAUUAUAUAAUAGGCUGGAGCUAAUCAACCAGCCCAAGAGGGAUUUAAUUCGCUUCCAACUCAAAGAGUUCUUACCAUGGCUCGGUCGGUUCAUUCUUGGUAGGAGUAGUCUUGCUGAGAGACCUGAACGAACCGUUGACCUGAAUCCAAGCCCGGCGCCAGCUGCUUCGGUCACUGAUGAUGAUGAGGAGCGCAUUUGGAAUAGUCAAUUUCAGGAUAACCUCAUACGGACUAUCGCAGUCCACAUCGUGAUUUAUGACAUCAAGCGCAGUGGCAAGCUUCCCAACACAACUGCGAAGUCAAUCCUGUAUAGCAUCAGCGAUCCGGUUGUUAACAUCGCGUUUAAAGUUAUUACCAAGCCGAGCGCGAGCUGA